CAGCUUAACAACUGUUGCCUGCCUGCCGCUUGUAUUUGGCAAAUUAGAAAGUCAAGUCAAGUCCCAGCAUGGAUCUGAAGCAAAAAACAUAUCUUCUGGUGACUGGGGCAACGCGUGGCAUUGGCCGCGAGUUUGCCCAGCAGCUGUCGCAGCGCAUUGAAGCCCUGGGCUCGGUGGUUGUGCUGCUGGGACGCAGCCAGCCGCUGCUCGAGGAGACAAAGGACACAAUUUUGAAGCAAAAUCCGGAACUGUCGGUGCACACUUUCGCGCUGGAGUUGGCCACAGCCAAGGCUGAAGAUUUUGCACGCAUCCUUAAGGACUCGCAGGUGUCUUCGGGUGACUUCCAGCGGGCCAUUGUCAUUCACAAUGCCGGCACUGUGGGUGACACAUCGAAGCGUGCUCGAGAGAUUGGCGACACGGAGUAUCUGCAGGAGUAUUUCCACACCAAUGUCUCCUCCGCCAUUGCCCUCAACUGCGAGUUCAUGCGCACAUUUGCCGGCAUUCCCAAGCUGGUCGUGAACCUGAGCACUCUGGCGGCCAUAGCACCAAUCUCCUCGAUGGCCCACUAUUGCACCGUGAAGGCGGCCAGGGAGAUGUACUUCCGUGUGCUGGCCACCGAGGAGACAGCACCGGACACGCUGGUGCUCAACUAUGCGCCCGGCAUGAUUGACACCCAAAUGACGGUGCAGGUGCAGCGCGAGGCUCAUGAUCCCGCCGUGGUGGCCAUGUUCCGGGAGCAGCGCGAGUCCAAGACAAUGCUGACAACGGCACAGACAACGCAGCGGUUCCUCCAGGUGCUCGCAGCGCAACGUUUCCAGUCUGGCGACCAUGUCGACUACAGGGAUCCAGUGGAGACCUAGACGGCUGUCACAUUUUACACUUUACACUUUGG